AUGCUCGAAAUACUCCUUGCUGUUAUUGUCUCCACAGCCUUGAAUUUUGUGGGACUCAUUGUGAAUCUGUUCAUUGCAGUGAUCACCUACAAGACUUGGGUGAAAAACCACCGCAUCUCUUCUUCUGAUAAGAUCCUGUUCAGCUUGGGCAUCAGCAGAUGUCUAAUGCUGGGACUGUCUCUACUGGCCCUCUUCUACUUCAUCUUCCCAAGUGCCGGAAGGAGACACAUACAGACGAUGCAGAGAAACGCCAGCGGCUUUUGGAAUCCCCAGACCGAAGCUCACAUGGGCGCCGUGAAGCUGAUGGUGUAUUCCCUCCUCCUGUACAUCCCGUACUCCGUGGCUGCCCUGUCCCUCCACCUCCACUCUUCCGUAGAGAUGGAUGUGGGAACCAGAUCCUUGUGUGUGGUGAUCUCUGCUGUUUACCACCCAGGACAUUCUGUUCUCAUUAUUCUCACACAUCCUAAACUGAAAACAAAAGCAGAGAAGGUUCUGUGUUUCAACAAAUGGUGGAAUAUUAGGGGUUAA